GAAUUGAAUUGAGAGAGAGACAGAGAGAGAGAGAGAAAAUCACAACACAGGCAGAUAGACAGCAACAGACACGAAGCGGGGAUUUUAGAUAGGACCAAAUAGAAUGAAGAGGGAGUUGGCGAUUGAGAAAGUGAGAGAGAUAGGGUCAAUAGACUGGGCGAUACGGGGACAUAUUGAUUUGAGGAAUAUUGUGUCAAAAUCCGUUAGAAUAACUCUCUGUGUUCCCUGAGUGACGGGAAGGGAGAAAACACGCACACACACCGUCCGGAGUCCGAAAAUGGAGGGCAUGGCAUAUGGAGCUGGGAUGGCUGGAGGUGCUUUCAACCCUAUAACGUUCUUCCAGCAGCCACACACCAUCCUCCGGAUCCUCUCUUGGUUUUUCUCCAUUGUGAUCUUUGGUUCUAUAGCCAACGAGGGUUACGUAAACCGACCUGACGAGGCCCAGGAGUUCUGUAUCUUCAACAGGAACCAGAAUGCGUGUAACUAUGGACUGUUCAUGGGAACCGUGGCCUUUCUCUGCUGUCUGGCCUUCCUGGCCCUGGAUGUCUACUUCCCACAGAUCAGCUCAGUCAAGGACCGCAAGAAGGCUGUACUGGCAGACGUAGGGGUUUCAGCGUUCUGGUCCUUCAUGUGGUUCGUGGGGUUCUGCUUCCUGACCAACCAAUGGCAGGUGGCGAAGCAGGAGGACAACCCCCUGAGGGAGGGAGGGGAUGCCGCUCGCGCUGCUAUCACCUUCGCCUUCUUCUCCAUAUUCACCUGGGGUGGGCUGACUCUCUUCUCCGUGGAGAGGCUAAAGAGUGUGUCCUUCGACGAGGAAUACCAGAAGCUGUUCACCCCUCAGCCCACCAUCCAACUAAUAUAAUCUGUGUUCUUCUAAUAACCUUCUAGCUCCCUUUGCUUUUAAAACUUCAGUCUGCAAUUACAACUUUUCACCCCCAGCCCCCUAUCCCACUAAUAUAAGGUGUUGUUCUAGUAGGAAACCUCUAUCUCCAAUCCCUCUGCUGCUAACCUCUUAUUGCUUCUAGUCAGACACUGCUGUGACUGAAAUAUCUGUAUCACGCACACAGACACACACACACGCAGACACACAGAUACACACACAGCGUAGGCAGGCACCUACGGUAGGCUACCUCCACCAUUUUGUGAAAGGCUGGCAAAGUAGUUUGUCUUUAUAACUCAAAAGCUUUUAAAAUGCUUUAGCUAUUCAAUAAAUAUGCACAUUUAGUGAAAAUACAUUUUUAUCACAUUUACUGCAUAUCUUCUUGUGCUCUUGUCUUUUUUAUCUGAAGAGUGUGAAUGUUUGUUUUCACCAAACCAAAAAACAGCUUAACAACUGCUUUGAUAACUAAUUGACCCUGAGUGACUUAAGGCCUGUGUCUAAAAGGGCACCCUAUUCCCUAUAUAGUGCCCUACUUUUGAACAGAGCUAUAAAGGGAAAGGGGUGCCAUUUGGGAUGCAAUCAAGCAAUUUAAUAAAGAUUUAACCUAGCUUUCCAGACAACUAACAACUAAUUCUUUCUUUCUUUCUUUCUUUCUUUCUUUCUUUCUUUCUUUCUUUCUUUCUUUCUUUCUUUCUUUCUUUCUUUCUUUCUUUCUUUCUUUCUUUCUUUCUUUUUCUUUCUCCCUUUCAAACCUAAUCCACAAAUGCUGCAUUUGUUUAUCAUCUCUUACACCUCUACCUAACCACACCCCAUCCACCCCAAACCUCCACCUCCACCCCCUACGAUACCCAUCCACCAUUCAACUACCCCCUCAAAACUUCCCUUCCCAACCUACCCACUCCUCUCCACCUUACCCCUUAACCUCCUCCACCUUCUUCACCCUACCUCCCUCCCAUUUCCCUUCACCUCACCCCCAACCUACACCCCUCUACCUCCCCACCUCCUUCCCUCUUCACUUCACCUCACCCCCCAACCCCAACUAUGCCCUCCCACACCACUCUCUUCACCCACCUCCUCCCUCCCUCCCCAAGGCGGCCCAGUCCUUCUUCGGCUAUCAGAGGUACAAGCUGGGGGCAGACGCUGCUCUAUUCUCCCAGGACUACAUAGACCCCAGCCUGGAUGCUGGGGCGGCCGGGGACCCCUACACCUCCUUCACGGCCGGGGGGAACAACCUGGGACAAGGAGACCCUGUGGGGGGGUCCUCCUAUCAGGGGAUGAAUGGUGAGGGGGCUGUAGGGUACCAGGAGUACUGAGGGAGGAAAGUAGGGAUGAAAGGAGGAUGGGGGAGUAAAGGGGGGUGGGGCGUGUGAGUAUUGAAGGGUAGGGAGUGGGAAGGAGUGAUAGAUGGAGGCGUGGAGGGGGGAACCAGUGCUUGGGGAGGACCAGAGGGAUGGAGGGAGGACAGGAGGAGGGGAGAGGGGUUGGAGGGGUGGAGGAGGAGGAGUCAGGAUAAGUGUGUGGGGGUGGGGCAUUCAGUCAUAUAACUGACUUAUAACUGACUUGCAUUCAUUAGUUGGCCCAAAGCAUAGUUCUUAAGUCUGGCGAGAAGGCAAAGCUAUUGUGGUGUAGAGUUCAUCACAGCUACUACCAAAACAGAUCUCUUCAUCACAGAUAUAUUUUUUAUAGUUAUAAAAUGAGAAAUCCCAAGUUUCAAUGUACAUAUUAAUGCUUAUUAGAUGUUCAUGUUUUUCAUGUAUCAUUGGCCAAAACAUGCCUCUAAGUAUAUUGAAACUAAUCUCUGACUGUAGUUUGACCACAGAUAAUCUCCUAAUGCAAAAUGACACUCAUCAAUGUCAUGCCUCUGUCUGAUGUAGCCUAUCUAUCGACCGACCCACCCAUCCAUAUCUAUAUAAUAUGUAAUUGAAUCUACCGGUAUUGGGGUGUUCAAAAAUAAUAGAACUAUAUUUAAGGGCAUUACUAUGUGCUUUCUGUAAAAAGUCUAAUUUAGCCUACUCAGUCAGUAUGCUGUGUUAUUGUGCUCAGAUACAAGGAGAGGAACUAUUUGUAUCUCUCCCUUGACUUAUUUCCUUUCAGGGUCCAGAGAAUUCUUUUUUAUUUUGGAAUAAAAAUAAUUUCUGUGAAAAUACGCCAAUUUUGUUCUUUACUAAACUAUGGAAAUAAUUUUAAAAAUGUUUGUUUUUUAAUUUAACCUUUAUUUAGCUUGGUCAGUUAAGAACAAAUUCUUAUUUACAACGACGGCCUACCCCGGCCAAACCUGGACCACGCUGGGCCAAUUGUGCCCGCCCUAUGAGACUCCCAAUCACGGCCGGAUGUGAUGUAGCUAGGAAUGUGUGUACUUUCUCUGUGUUGCAAUAAACUGCAACAAAAAAGAAUAUGGUGUUAAAAAAUAUUUUCUUGAUGUGAUGAUUUUUAACCAAUAAAAGUCAAUAAAAUACAACACUGACAAACGUUA